AGCAGAGCUCCUCCUCCUCCUCCACAUUUCUUUCAUUCUCCCCCAAACAAUAAAGCUAACAAAAAGAGCCUUCAUUUCCUUCAACCGACGAAACGACUUUUCUUCCUCUCUUUUUCUAAAGUGAAACGCAAACCAACAUCAUCAUCAUCAUCAUCAUCAUCAACAAGAACCCAAAACCAAAAAUCAGUUCAACCCCCCAAAAAACAAACCCACCCCACCAACCAAAACCCCAACAAAAAAGCACUCCAUUUUUCCAUUUUGGUUUUCAAUCUUGAUUUUGUUUUUUCUUUGUCAAAAAGUUUGGAUUUUCUCGUUUAUUCGUGGGUUUUUCUGAUCUGGGUCGAUGGCGGAAUUGGAAGAUAACAAGGCGAAAUCAUCGUCCGGGUCUAUGUUCUUCAAUCGCUCGCUUACGAUGCACGCAACGGCAGCUGAAUCCAACCCCCCCAAAGUUCAUUUUCUUCUCAACAAUCCGUCUCUUAAUCGGGCAGCUUCCAUUUCCAAAAUUUACAAUUCAAUCGAUUCUGUCAAAGGUAAAGUUAGAAAGCUUUGCAGUUUAUUUGAAUCCGCCAAGUCAUCGUUGUCUUCAUCAAGCUUGACAGCAAGUCCAAAGGAAUCUGUCCCCAAGGUUGUUUUAAGACCCGCGAAAUCAAUUGGCUAUUCUUCCUCGUUUUCUUCGAGUUUUAAUAACCCUUUGAUAAGAUUACCGGGUACUGAAGAUCGAAUCGUUGUUUAUAUCACUAGUUUGCGAGGGAUUCGAAGGACUUACGAGGAUUGUUAUGCUGUGAGGAUGAUAUUUAGAGGGUUUAGAGUAUGGGUGGAUGAAAGAGAUAUUUCCAUGGACGCAGCUUACAGGAAAGAGUUGCAAAGUGUUUUGAAAGAGAAAAAUGUGAGUUUGCCGCAGGUUUUUAUAAAGGGAAAGUAUGUUGGUGGUGCUGAUGCGAUUAAAAGCAUGUUUGAAGUUGGCGAAUUGGCUAAGAUUCUUGAUGGGUUUCCAAGGAGACAACCUGGGUUUGUUUGUGAAGCUUGCGGGGAUGUGAGGUUUGUGCCUUGUGGGAAUUGUAGUGGGAGCCGAAAAGUGUUUGAUGAAGAUGAAGGGUUGCUUAAGAGAUGCUUGGAAUGUAAUGAGAAUGGCUUGAUUCGGUGCCCGGAUUGCUGCUCUUAAUACUUUGAUUGAUACUGGGUCGUAAGGUAUAUUUAGAAGCUUGCUUUUUCGUUUAUUAAGGUAUAUUGAUGAUGCGGGCAAUGGUUUGAUGUGUUGGGUAUGAAACGUUCCUUAGCAGAGAGCUGAUGUUCGUUUGUUGUCUUGUUCAACUGGAUGUUGACAAUAAUAGUGUAAUGUAAUCAAAAUGCCAUAUUUGGUUUGGGCAUUUUGAUUGUCAAGGAGAUCGUUUAUUUCUCCGAUAUGGUAUUGUAAAUAUUUAGUGUUAUUUAAUAUAAUGCACUUGGAUAUGUUGCAAAUGACAGAUUGUAAUGUGAAUAGACUAUUUAUGCCUUAUCGAGUCCCCUUUGUAAUCAGAGAAACUUUGGAGCAUAUAUACCUGAAAUUUCAUUCUUUCA